UUAAGUGUACGAAUUCAGAUACGAAAUAUCCGAGGAAUAGAACAUCGUGUACCUUAGUACCCUUACACGCGUGAUUAUGCCGUAGCGCUUAAUCGAUAAAUGUGCAAGGCGUCGAUUGCAGCGCUCGGUGAAAAAAGUGGUGACGUCGCCUUGACGGGAUGCAGCAUUUUCAAUGCAAUACACGUGUUCUUCAAUUGAACAACGGUUUUACUGGAAGUUAAAUGAAGAAAAAGAUAAUUACACCCAAAUCGAACUACUAGGUCAACGAAAGAAUCCAGACAGAUUUAUGGAUGAAGUUGAAAAGAAAUACCUCAGCCAAGGUCAAGGAAAACGAAUAAGAAAAAAAAAAACAAGAUAGCUGGCGUUCCGCUAUUCGACAUCAGAGAAACGAAACAAGAGUAUCGACAUCAUUUCCGUGAAGGACAAUCGCUUUAUAAUCGUGUUGAUAGUCAACGACUUGAACGAUUUGUAAUUAUUUGGCGUGUCCAAUGUUGAACGAAAGACAACUCGAAGUGGACAACACAUUAACAGACGGGGAACGUAAUGAUAGUACCGUGGGUACUGGUCCAAUGCUCUCAUCAUCGUCGCGUACGGUGCCCUACAUCAACACCGAUCAAGGCUACGUGUUUAAAGGUAGCAACAUGUCGACAUUGCAGCAACUUGGUGCAGACAGUCGCGGAAACAGUGAUUAUAUUGGUGGCAGAGGAGAUCUCGGAUUCGGAACGUCAGUAGGAGAAUCAGAAAGUGGACUAAGUGGCGGGAUAGGACUCGGUAAAAUCAGUACUGGAGGAGCUGUGGGCAUUGUAGGAAUGGGUGGAGGAGGAGGGGGAGAAGGGAGUGGAAACUUGAAUAAAGAAGUUCGUUACGCUCCAUUCGCGUCGUCGGUUGGCCCAAUCGGUACCGUAACUCCAGUAAACUUGCAGUCUCUACCGGCACCGCCGCCGCCACCGCUACCGCCACCACCACCGCCGCCGCCGCCUUUGCCGCUGCAAGUGCAGCAGCAGCGGGCCUUUUCGAAGUCCAUGACGUCUCUACCGCCGGAGCCAUUUAUGAUUAUGCGUUCGAAAGCGUUAAAUCGGCGCGUUUCAAUUAACGUCGGUGGCGUAAAGCACGAAGUACUCUGGCGUACCCUCGAGCGAUUACCACAUACGCGCCUAGGUCGAUUGAGGGAUUGCAAUACUCACGAAGCAAUAACCGAACUCUGCGACGAUUACUCCCUAAUUGACAAUGAGUACUUUUUUGAUCGGCAUCCUAAAUCGUUCAGUUCGAUUCUUAACUUCUAUCGUACCGGUAAGCUUCAUUUAGUAGACGAAAUGUGCGUGUUGGCAUUUAGUGAUGAUCUCGCUUAUUGGGGUGUCGAUGAACUCUAUCUCGAAAGUUGUUGUCAACACAAGUAUCAUCAGCGCAAAGAGCACGUACACGAGGAAAUGCGCAAGGAAGCGGAAUCACUUCGACAGCGUGAGGAAGAGGAGUUCGGUGAUGGAAAGUGCGCCCAGUACCAGAAAUGGUUGUGGGAUCUUUUGGAGAAACCAACCACCUCCAUUGCGGCACGGGUGAUAGCUGUGAUAUCAAUACUCUUUAUUGUGCUUUCAACGAUAGCACUAACUCUCAACACCAUUCCUAGUAUGCAAGUAAAUGAUGAGAAGGGAAACUUCCAAGACAAUCCGCAGCUUGCUAUGGUGGAAGCUGUGUGCAUCUCGUGGUUCACUCUCGAAUACUUGCUUAGGUUCAGUGCCUCGCCGGACAAAUGGAAGUUUUUCAAGGGCGGUCUUAAUGUGAUCGAUUUGCUGGCGAUACUACCAUAUUUUGUAUCUUUAUUCCUGGUCGAAACCAACAAAAAUGCGAACGACCAGUUCCAAGACGUGCGCAGGGUAGUGCAAAUUUUCCGUAUAAUGCGGAUCCUAAGGAUCCUGAAAUUGGCCCGCCACUCAACCGGGCUACAGAGCCUCGGUUUUACAUUACGUAACUCGUACAAAGAGUUAGGGCUACUGAUGCUUUUCUUAGCGAUGGGUGUCCUCAUAUUCUCGAGUCUCGCCUAUUUCGCCGAGAAGGAGGAACCCGGGACCAAAUUCAUAAGCAUUCCAGAAACCUUCUGGUGGGCAGGCAUCACAAUGACCACCGUCGGAUACGGCGACAUCUACCCCACGACCCCGCUCGGCAAAGUGAUCGGCAGUGUAUGUUGUAUAUGUGGUGUCCUGGUAAUCGCGUUGCCCAUUCCCAUUAUCGUUAACAAUUUCGCCGAAUUCUACAAGAAUCAGAUGAGACGGGAGAAAGCCAUCAAGAGACGAGAGGCCCUUGAGAGAGCUAAGCGAGAGGGCAGCAUCGUGUCUUUUCAUCACAUCAACUUAAGAGACGCUUUUGCCAAGAGUAUGGACCUCAUCGACGUCAUUGUCGAUACUGGUCAUAACAUGUCUGUGGUGGAUGGUAACAGCACAGAGGGAGACUCUGCAUGUGGCCGUGGACCUGCUCAGACUGGACCCGGUUGUUACCGCAAUUAUGAACAUUAUAGUUUAUCGCGGCAUCGACGCAGCAUGUCCAAUGCUUGCUUCCCGAAUUUGCCUAAUGACCUGCCUAUCACGCCGGAUAGUCCGAAUCGUCGACUUCUCGACUUUGUCCAGAAUGUACCGGGCGUCCAGAACGACGAAUAUUAUCAAGAUGAAGUUCCGGCACAGCAUGUCAACCAGGGGAACAUAACAUCUAGCGAUGAAGAGAAAAAAGACAGCAGAAAAUUCGAGAAAAUUGAUGAAUUACCUAGUGAAUUCGAGUGUUGCUUUUGUACUACGAAGGAAUACAAAGAUUUCAGGGACGCGGAGAACAUAAUGCCCCUUGCUACCAGCGACUUUCGUAACCCAGUGUGUCAAGAAAUGAGAUCCAUUAAGUUUACUGGCGGUAGCGGUAGUGGCGGAGGUGGAAGCGGCACAGAUUAUUUAGGUUCAUCACUCAUGGAAUCAAAGAUAUCUCCUAUUCAGCCAUCGGAAAUGUUAAAUUUUGCAAGGAUUUAUAAUGAACAGAGAUAUAACUAUGCAAAGACAUAUAACGAACAAGGCAGCAUUGAUAGUUCAGACACAUAUGCGAGCUGUCAAACACAUCCAUCACAUUCACAGGGUGAUUUGACUGAGGAGGCAGAUAGCAAUCUUUACAUAAAUCCUUUAGAGGCAACGGAAAAAUGCGAACCUACUCAGAUGAAGAAAUCAAUUUCUGGCGAGGUUAGCCGAAACAUCAUCAGUGAUACGUCGUUUAGCACUGAAUCUCUGAAAGAGACUAGUAAAGCAAAUUUGAAUGAUAUGAUUCCUAAACAUAGGAAAAUUAGGAUUCAACAAAAUAUAAAACCACGGACACAAUUUGUUUGCGAUCAAGAGAGUAUAGUAGUACGCAGUAUCUUAAAGGAAGAUACUGCUUUGGGAGACAAUAAUAAUCGUUAUGGUGGAUUACGUGGUGGCAAACCCUCCUCACAUGUGUCGACAAAUAGCUUGGCAUCCGCUACGCGCAUAAUCAAUUAUCACAUGUUCGGAUCUGUCGGUGCGUCAAAGCAUUAUAAAGAAACAAGCAUCGAGAAUAAGCUUUCACUCUCGGCAGACUCGAUAGACAGCGAUGGAAUACCAUUUAUAGACCAUCAUCGAGUAUCAAAAUCAAUUCUUAAGAAAUCCGAUAGCGGUAAUAAUUAUUAUAGUAAUGCUGGUGAUUCGGAUACUGAAAAACUGAUUACAGACAGUACAUCUACAGCAAGCAUAUGUGAUAAUGAGACGAGCUCAUGUGAUACUUCAGCUAACAUAAAUAUCACACGUAUGAAAAAACGUCCGACGUCACCGUUACUUUCACGACAAGUCCUUGAAUCGAUAUUCCGCACGAAUAAUAAUGCUGAGAGGGAAUAUUUUAACGAUAAGGAGGAUAAAAAAGUUGCAAGGAUGUCGAAGAAAUUAUUUAAUGAUGUCACAGAGGAGAAACACGCUCGCGAUGAAGCAGUAGUGGAGAAUCAUAAUAAAGAAGUAGACGAUCAGUCAUGGAAGUCGAAGAUACGUGUACAAGAGAAAUCUAAAGAAACUAUGCUAAUAUUGCGUCCCUAUAAAGCGAAAAAAUCAACAUCAGAAGAAAAAAGGAAAGCUAAUAAAUCAAGUGGACAUACCUCUUCCACAGUUUAUAAAAAUUCUGACGGAAAUUGUUUUCCACAGGAAUACAAUUUCUCAUCGUAAUUGCUUCUUUACAAUUUAAAUAAUCUUUUGCUAUUAGGUAUUGCAGAUAAUUACAUCAUUAUUGAUUAUCCAACGAUCGCAAUUAAUGUAAAAGCUUGUAGAUCGUAAUAGCUCAUUGCGCGUGCCUACUAAUUACGGUAGUCUUAAUAUUGAUUGCAUCCGCAAUCUUAGUCAAUUAAUUGUAUAUACAUGAAAUAGACAUGUUAAAAUUCAUUUCAACAUUUUUAGAUCCUUGUUAUAGCGCUGACAUAGCACAUAGUAUAUCAAUAAUAUUGUAGUAAUAUUACAAUAAAAUAUUACAGAAAUCUUACAAAAAUAUUAUUGCAAUACAUUACAACAUAUUAUUGAAGCUACAUUACUAAAAUAUUACGUAAUUACUAAAAUAUGUAAUAUUUAUCUUAUAUUGUAGUAGCAUAUGAUUUAAAAAUAUAUUAUUAUAAUAUCCUACAGAUAUAACGGAGCAUGUGGCAUUACCGACAGCUGAACGCGGCGGCAUUUUAUUUCUCGUAAUUAAAAAAAUUAUACAAAAUAGAAUAAAAGACACAACAUUGUUAGAUUUUAAACUUUGUUUUAAUUAAAUAAUGACAAAAUACUUUUUAAAAUUAAAUCCCCAAAGGACUUCAAUAAAAAGAUUAAUAUCUAAGAGAGGAAUAGUUCAAUGACACACAGUAAAAUUGCACACCAUGCUAUUGGACACAUAAAGUUGCACACCGUUCGAUUGGACACGUUGCAUUUGCGCACAGUUGCUUUUGGACACAACACAUAUUUUUGUGUGAAAUUUGUUAUUAACUUUCUUAACUAAACAUUUGUUACAUUGAACAUAGUGCAUUUGCGCACAGUUUGUUUGUACAUGGUUCUUUUGCGCACAGUCAAGCCUUCUCCUGGUACCGCCCGCUGUGUGUGUGUGUGUGUGUGUGUGUGUGUGUGUGUGUGUGUGUGUGUGUGUGUGUGUGUGUGUGUUUUCCCGUUUCUUUUCGUGUCCAACUGAAAAGUGUUCAAAUAAACGGUGUUCAAAUAAAUGGUGUCCAGUAAACGGUGUCCAAAUGAACAAUAUCCAAUUGUAUUGUGUCCAAGUGUAGGCCACUUAUUUCACACACACCACACUUAUAGAAGUGAAGACUUGAUUUAUUAUGUCCUCCUUGAUUUAUGUCCUUGUGUACAAUUUUAGUAGAGGUUUGUAGUUUCGUGUUCGUAGCACUGAAUAGUGCAGGUUCACGACCACGUAAAGCUGAGUGUCGUGACCAAAAGCAGACUUCCACUCGGAGUAACCGUCUGUUCACGACUCCGCAAGACAGAGUAUCGUGUUACAAUGUCCGACUGACCCAUUUCUCGCCUUCUUUUGGUUUUUCAAGAUACCCUUACUUAAAGGCACAAAAAAUGACGUUUAUAGCCAUAUUCAACUACCUAUAGAGUUUGUAGGAAUUCUUUGUCAACAUUCACACCUAUUUUAAAAUAAAGUA